GGCACCAAACCAAACCAAAGCGAAUCAAACCUUACGUGUUCUUCCGCGUCCGUUCAGGCGAGAUGCUCGUUCGGAUCAUCGCCGGUACUGGACUCCUCGGCGGCGGCGUUGCGGCGUUUGUGUUCUGCAGCGAGGAGCCGAAGGAGAGCAAAUCGUACAGGAGCACCGACUUCGCGCGUUCCACACACUGGAACAGCAACUGGGACAGGCGGGACCCUCACUUCUGUGUGAGACCACCGGAGGACUCUUCACCGGCCGAGCAGAUUCGUUACGAGGAUGAAGUGACGAAGGCCAAACCGACGCGAGAUCGGUAUCUCUACCUGAUUCGCCACGGUCAGUUCAACGUGAAGGGCGCCACGGACAAGGAGUGCGCGCUUACAGAGCUUGGUCGCAAGCAGGCGGAUCUGACGGGUCGGCGGUUAAAGCAGACGGGCAUCCCGUUCACGAGGAUGGUGCACUCGACCAUGACGCGGGCCACCGAAACGGCCGAGAUCAUCCACAAGCACCUGGCGCCGCUUCCGAUCGAGUCGUGCGAGCUCAUCUGCGAGGGGGCGCCCGUGCCCCCCGAGCCACCCUUCAGGCUUACGACGUGGAGCCCGACGGACAGAAACUUUUUCGUAGAGGGCGCCCGCAUCGAAGCCGGCUUCCGCAAGUACUUCCACCGGGCGCCUCCCACUCAGCAGGAGGACUCGCACGAGAUCAUCGUCUGCCACACGAACGUGAUCCGCUACUGGGUGUGCAGGGCCCUGCAACUUCCACCGGAAGCCUGGUUGCGCCUGUCCCUGCCCCAUGCCAGCACAUCGGUCGUGAAAAUCACGCCCUUGGGAGAUGUCUCCCUGCAGGCGCUCGGCUGCGCCGGUCACAUGCCCAUGGAGAUGAUAACAAAGUGACGCUGCCGGAACUCCCAAGAAUUUCAAUGAGAGCACGCAUUUCUUGCUCCACGUGCUCCGGAGUGACCGUAGCAUGUAUGGCUUGGGCUUCAGCCGUCACCGUGCUUCAAAUUAUAAACACCUACCUGAA